UGGUCGCCAAUUAUUUCGGAAUACACCGUAUAGCUGAAGUCUCAAACUAGCGACAUCUGGAUUGAACAGUUGCUUUACCUUCUGAUUGAGCUCGACAUCGAAUGUUUAGAUUCGUAUUCUUCGCGUGUUUAUUAUUCUCGUUGCUCUUUCUCGAGAAGUUGCCACUGUCAACGGAAGAGGCGGAAAUGUCAAAGACGCUCGCAGUAGAUUUCGAAGUCUUCGGCAUCGUACAAGGUGUCUUCUUCAGGAAGUACACGCAAAAACGUGGUCAAGAGUUGGGUUUGAAAGGAUGGUGUAUGAACACUCCGAAUGGUACCGUGGUCGGUCGUUUAGAGGGAGAAAAAGCUAAAAUCGAUGAAAUGAAACAAUGGCUCCGUCACACCGGAAGUCCUCAAUCGCGGAUCGACAAAGCGGAAUUCCGGAAUGAAAAAGAAAUCUCGCAAUCAUCACUUUCAGGCUUCGAAAUCAGAAAAUAAGAACGUUCCGAAAAAAAUAAUGCUAAUAUUAAUAUAAUAGGACAACUUAAAUUAUCGCUGUUGUCAUUAAAUUAUUAUUUAAGUAAAUAUAAUAUAAAAUUUAUACCGUA